AUGUUAAAUAUCAUUGCAAAAUUCCACAAAAUUCAAGUUCAAGACGGUGUGAAGGUUUGGUAUCGUGAAGCAGGAUCAGCAGAAAACCCUACGAUUUUAUUGCUACAUGGGUUCCCCACCUCCUCCAACAUGUUCAGGAACCUCAUUCCUUUAUUAAGUACACACUUCCUCGUUAUUGCCCCAGAUCUACCUGGGUUUGGAUUUACAGAGACACCUGACAACUAUAUGUUCAGCUUUGACACUCUAAGUGAGAGUGUCGGAUAUUUUCUAGGUGCUUUGAGGAUCAAAAAGUGUUGUAUUUAUAUAUUUGAUUAUGGCUCUCCUGUAGGCUUCCGAUUAGCUUUGAAGCACCCUUCUAAAAUUACAGGUAUUAUUACCCAGAAUGGUAAUGCUUACGAAGAGGGCCUCGAUGACCGAUUUUGGGGUCCUUUGAAGAAAUAUUGGAAGUCGUAUCAGAAUGAUCCGGUGUUUAUUGAAGCUCUUGUUUCGUACGUUAGAGAUCCGGCAAAUGUUAUUUCUCAGUACCAUGACGGAGUGGCAGAUAUUGAAUCCGUUGAUCCCGCUGGUUAUACUCUUGACAUUGCCCUAAUUCAACGCUCCGGCCAGACUGAUAUUCAAGUGAAAUAA